GCGUGGCUUCCUUCCACACUGCUGCGGCUGCCGCUGGACUCGUCUCGCCUCUCCUCCUUUCCCCACCCCCCUCCACCUCCCUCUCCAAACAGCUCACGUACUCUCCAAGAAACAGAGCAAGGCCGUCUCGGCAGGAUCAUCGAUCCAGGAUCGGAGUUCAGAGAUGAUGGAUUCUGCCGAGCACAAGGUGAUCGGGAUCGCGGCGGCGGCGGAGCCCGGGAGGCCGUGCUGCGUCGAGUGCCGCACCACCGCGACGCCCAUGUGGCGCGGCGGGCCGACGGGGCCCAGGUCACUUUGCAAUGCGUGCGGGAUCCGGUACAGGAAGAAGAGGAGGCAAGAGCUAGGUCUUGACAACAACAAGAAACCACAGCAAAAUCAGCAGCAGCCGCAUCCGCCGCAGCAGCCACAGCAGCCACAGCAUCAAGAUCACAGUCUUGCACCAAGUGCAGUCAAAGACAACAAAAGUAGCGGCCUGCAAGUGGUGAAGAAACGGAGGGUCCUGAUGGGAGUGGAGGAGGCCGCAAUCCUGCUCAUGGCCUUGUCCUCCUCAUCCAGGUCCACACUGCUACAUGGCUAGGAUCUCAACACCACCCAAAGGCUGCUGCUCAAUGUGUACAUACAAACCUGAUACAGGACACAAAGCACAACACAGGCCACCCAAUGGUUUCCAAGCCAACCAUGUAACUUUCUUGGAUUAUCAGGAUGGAAGGCCUCUUUCGGGAUGAAGCUGAUGUUGAAAGGGCUGGAUUUGUUUUUUGGAUUCAUCCACCUCUUGUGCAGUAGUAGAUCUCGUUUGUGUAGUAGUGUCUUGUUCGAUUCUGAAAGCGAAGGUGACUUGGGGAAGACAGGUUUGCCCUACAUACUAAGAUGGCGGUCCUUAUCUGUGUUGCUGAUAGGCUCCUUAAUUGUGAUUAGCAGAGAGGCCCUUUAGCCUCAUUCUCAUGUCUCUCCCUUUUCUCUUUUUUUUAAUCCACAUUGCAUGUGUUUUAUCCUCCUUGAUUAAUUCCUAUGUAUGUUCUUUGUUACCCCUUGAUUGAGGAUGGGUGAUCAAAAGCAGGCAUCGCCCUUCUUCAUGUGUAAUAAAAGGUCAAGUGAAUAAAAAUGAUCCAUUUGUUUCAUUUCAA